UCAUUAUAUUUAGGAAGGCAGAAAUAAGUCCCGUCUAUUGUUUGACGAUGCACGACAUCUGUCUCCCACCACAUUGACCCGGUUUCUGUUGCAUCGUGCCUAGUUCUCCACCCCCAUUCUGCCAUUGUCUCCUUCUAUCUACCGUGGGAACGAUCUCCCACUCGCGUUGACUUGUUUUUUCUCUCGAUUCUUUCGUUCGUCGGCAUGGAAUACUACAAACUAGUCCAAAAGCCGAUGCCAUUUCUGAAAAUUAAAUUACGGGAGCUUUACGUUGCGGUAAUACGCUGUCAUUUGACAGGCGCCACAGAUGUAAUUCGCUUUCAUUAGUCAGUCUGCUUUUUCAAGACAAUAUCCAGGUGACAGUGAAUACAUCUCAAUAGAGACGUUUGGCCCGAGGGUCUUUUCGUGACCCAUUGCAUCCGGUCCACCUGCAGCUGGGUGAAGAAGAAAAACUUAUCUCGCUCCGAUAUCGGGAGAAAUGUCCGAUCUAAGAAUACAAUUUCCGUUUCUUCUAACACGCCAUGUGUCUAUGGCUCAGUGAUCGUCCCUCCUGGAAAGAAAAAUUUGACUUCGGUAAGAUGAAUGGAUUCGAUUUCUAGUCGGCGUUUUUAAAUAUCUGCGACUAUAAACGCUCUGUUACUUGACUUUAUUACACACUAAGUACUCGUCAAAGAUCAUAGUACGACGACGGAAACAAUGUUAGUGCAGGUAGAGAGACCGCCUCCUGUGGGGCGUGGGUCGUCCACCAGGCUCCACCCCAUUACUCCGGCAUUGGGUAGCAGGCGCCACUCCAGUUAGCAGCCGGCCGUCUCCACGUUCGGUCACGGUAUCUCUACUGUCCGUGUGAAUGUGUAUGUGUUGUGCGCGUGUGAUGCGGUUGAGGAGGACGGUGUGAUCGUCAUGUUCACCUACGCCGGUCCACCCCAUUACACCCCACCGACAACGUACAUCGCCCCGCCGGUGGGGGGUGUGGGAAGUGUCGGAGACGUUGCUACGCAAGCGGCACCCACCACCCAAGUACCCUUGACUAAUAGUCCACACAGUAAACGUAGGAGAUUUAUCUCGGAUGACGAAGACAACCAAGGUCCCAAGUACACCAGGAUGGACGAAGAAACCAUGCAGGACAAGGAACGGUUUGCACGGGAAAAUCAUAGCGAAAUCGAGAGGAGGAGAAGAAACAAGAUGACUGCCUAUAUCACCGAACUGUCCGACAUGGUUCCCACUUGUAGCGCCUUAGCCCGAAAACCUGAUAAAUUAACCAUUUUACGGAUGGCCGUUGCUCACAUGAAAAGUCUACGAGGAACUGGAAAUACGAGCAGUGAUGGGACAUACAAGCCAUCUUUUCUUACUGACCAGGAACUCAAGCAUCUUAUUUUAGAAGCUGCAGAUGGAUUUUUAUUUGUUGUUGCUUGUGAUACUGGCAGAAUUAUUUAUGUUUCUGAUUCAGUUACACCAGUACUUAACCAAGCCCAGUCUGAUUGGUUCAAUGCCUGCAUUUAUGAUCUAGUACAUCCAGAAGAUGUUGAAAAGGUUAGGGAACAAUUAUCAACGCAAGAAUCCCCAAAUUCUGGUCGUAUAUUAGAUUUAAAAACUGGAACAGUCAAGAAAGAAGGUCACCAAUCAUCCAUGCGCUUGUGCAUGGGUUCACGCAGAGGCUUUAUUUGCCGAAUGAAAAUUGGAAAUGUUCAGCCAGAUGCAAUGUGUCAUGGUCAUCUUCAUCGAAUUAGACAAAGAAAUAGUUUGGGACCAUCAACUGAUGGCAAUGCAUAUGCUGUUGUGCAUUGUACAGGUUACAUUAAAAAUUGGCCUCCUUCUGGUGUUCAGAUUGAAAGGUUGGAUCCAGAAGAUGCUCACAGUGGUAGCCAUUGCUGUUUAGUUGCAAUUGGUCGUCUUCAAGUGACAAGCACACCCAAUACCAGUGAUCUCAUGGGUUCUAAUUCUUCCAAUGAAUUCAUUUCUCGACAUAAUAUGGAGGGAAAAUUUACAUUUGUGGAUCAAAGAAUACAAGGUGUUCUGGGUUAUCAGCCUCAGGAAUUAUUGGGUAAAACAUGCUUUGAUUUUUUUCACCCUGAAGAUCAAACCCAUAUGAAAGAAAGCUUUGAACAAGUACUUAAAUUGAAAGGACAAGUGAUGUCUGUAAUGUAUCGGUUCCGAGCCAAAAACCGUGAAUGGGUAUGGUUACGAACAAGUAGUUUUGCAUUCCUGAAUCCAUAUACUAAUGAUGUUGAAUAUAUUGUAUGCACUAAUACUUCUGCCAAAAGUUUACAUCACCAACAAGAUGUAGCAACUUCAGGUGCUGAACAGUCUCCGUCUGGUGUAGGAACAUCAAAUGCAGGAGAUGGAAAUAUGGGACAAUAUCCAGGCCAUAAUAUGCAACCUAGUGGCAUUUUAAGUUCACAAGCUAAACCAGAAGGACUUGACUACAGUAUUCCAAGAUCUGGAGAAGUUUAUCCAGGAGUUGUACCACGUGGUCAUUUACCAGGUUCCCAAGGACUGCAAGAACGUCGUCCUGGUUCUGGUCAGCCAGUGUAUGGAACAUAUGAAGCUAAUACUCAAUCUCAUUCCAGUUUAAAUUAUCCAAGCACAAGUGUUGGUGGUGGGGGUACAGGGACCAUAGCUCAAACAGCACCAAGUGCUGCAGCUACAAGUGGUGUUCUAGCAAGAAUUAGUAAACCUUCUUCAGCCUCAACUUCUUCGGCUUCCCCUCCUCAAGGUGCCUGGAACCAACGACACAUAGGACAGCCAACAUCAGAAUCAUUUAAUCAAGGUUAUAACCAAAUGAGUCCUGCCACUCGUAGUCCAUCAGGCCCAACUUAUACCCAGCUUGGUUCUACUCCUGGAUCUAGAAGUCUUUGGGGACAAUGGCAGGGUGCUCCCACAGAAACAUCUGCCUCCUCUUCUGGAGCUAGUCAUCAAGCAACUCACGGUAGUGGUGGCAAUGGACCUCAGCAACAGGAAUUAACGGACAUGCUUCAAAUGUUGGACCAAACAGGAGCCACUUCCUUCGAAGAUUUAAGCAUGUUCAAUACAUUUUCGGAAUGAAAAAAUUUGUAGCCGGUUUUUCUUUACAUUGUAUUAUAAUUUAGCACAACUUUCGAAAAGUUUUGUGCUUUUUGUUUGGGGUAGCUGUUUACGCCAUAUCAUCAUAUCCCCAAUUCUUCUAUGUAAAAGAUUUAAUUGCAACUCGAGUCAAAUACAUUGUAAUGUAGAAUGAAUCUGUUAAUCCGAAAAGAUAUUCAUGUGCAUGAACUGUUUUCUUCGCUCAUUUUACGGGAACGAUUACCUCGUUUGAGGUGACGUCGUAACUAAAGUAUCGGCACAUCUCAUUGGCUCUACCAUAUAAAAAAUAAUCUGUAUUGACACAGACGUAAAUAGUGGAUAAAACAGGACACAUUGUCUAUAUGCAUUUUUACAUAAAAUCUCAUAAGUAAAAAAAACAAUAAUAAACUAGUAUCGAUGAAGGGAUUUUUGUCUGUCCUGGGUAAAUAAUUGUGAUUAUAAGUUUGAUGGCAACAACUAGAAAUUUUAACUAAUUUGAGAAUAGAGUUAUGUUAUUUUUAAUGCAUUUUGCAGUAUAGGUUAUGAAAUUUUUAAUUUAAUCUCACGUUUACAGUAAUAUAUUUUGUAAUAUGCCGGCCACAUUUGCACCGGUCGGUUAAUUAGCAUUCACGUUCUACGGGACCGAAUCGUUCGAGUAAUCAGAAUUAUCAUUCGAAAGAAAUAGUUUUUAUUGCGAGUUAUUGCACGUAUCCCGUGAAUAAAUGUUUUGAGACUCAGGAAGAUCUUUUAUGCGACCAGAAAAUUCGGUCAAUCACAAAGAAAAACGAAGAGUGACUUGAAUUAUUUUCUGCUUACAGAGAGUUAUAGGUGCCUUUAGUUUAUUUAACAGCAAUAAAAAUCAAAUUGCCAAAAUUAUUUUACAUAAUAGAAUUUAAAGCUUUGUUGUCUUUGUUUGUAAAAUGAUUUCUUGGCUUUAAACACUGAAAAAAUUCAGCGUUGUAAAAAUGAAUUGUCCAAGAAAGACUGUACUACAAUAACCUUUUAUUAAAAAAAAAGAAUUUUUUUUUAACAAUAAAUCGUGAUUGCAUUUUCAGAAUUUUGAAAAUGGAUGAAAUUCUAUUUAAAAAACUUGAAAGAACAAAAUGUGUGCAAUGUCUUUAGCAGUUUUAUAUUCUUUAUAGCUUUUUGUCUAUAUUAAAUUCAUAUUGUGACCAUCUCUUGGUCAUGCACACUUUUAAAGUCUAUUUCAAAUAUAUUUUAUUGGAAUGGGUAAAAAACUGAUAACAAAUUAUAAUCAUCAUCAUCAUUCUCACCAUGUCUGUUGUAUAUGUUGUUUCACAUCCAGAUGAUUUUUUUUAUAAAUAUAUAUAUAUAUAUAUAUAUAAAUAUAUAUAUCACACACAAUGAAUAUACUUGUUUUAUAUAAUCAUGCUCUGAUAAAUUAGCAUGCUUAUAUCAUUAUUGUUUGAAAAUUUCAUUUUAGAUUGAAUAUGUGAAAAAAAGGAACAUUAAUGUAACAAAACAGGAUAUCAUUUUUUGACAGUAAAGUUGUUGAAAAAAA